CGAAGGGUUAUCCGUUGUUUAACAAUUUUCCCUCUUCUCCGCCUUUAGCGUCACAUUAGAAUUCGACUCAGCCAACGAAGAAAUCAAAGAACGAAUCUUGUUCCGUAUUUACCUGCGCCACCAAUAUUUCAAGUGAGAAGGAGAAAUGGAACCACCGCAGCCAGCUUCUAGAGGAGCUGAAGCAAUUAAAAAUCUGUCUCCUGGAUCAUCAAUUUCUGUUGCAUAUCACCCGCUUUUUGGACCUCAUGAUGAUCUCAUCCUUCUAGAGCUUGAUGAGAAACUUCUCCCAGAUGUUCUGCAUGAAAGGGUGGUCUUAAGAGGACAACCUGAUGAAGAUGCAGUUCUUUGUACUCAAUCCAAAACAUAUGCUAUGAAGUUUGUUGGAACUUCCAACUCUGUUUUGCUUGUACCACCAGCAAAUCAAUCAGAAUCUUAUGAAAAUCCACUAAAGAGUGAUAGUAUUAAUUGUGAAGAGAAAGUUGUUGCACCUGUGAUCAAACUUGUACCUGGUAAUAUGGAGCUUAAUGAGGUUUCCCCCAGACUUGAUAAACUUAAAUUGCUUCUUUCAGAGAACCGUUACAGGUUCGAGGAGGAUGACAUGGAAAACUUAGAAGAGAAUCACGAAUCUAGAACAGGAUUAUAUAACUGGAAUGAUCUUACAGACAAUAUUCAAGCUAGUGAUGAGGAAUUAAGGUGCGGACUGCAGGCUCUUUCAGCUGUGGAGAUUAAUGGGUAUUGGAGAAUAGUAGAUGAGAGUUACAUGAACAUGAUUCUGGAAAUGCUUUUAAGAAAUUCAGUGUUGAAUGACUGGUUACUUAAUGCUCUAAAUGUCGAUGAAGUUGUGAGUACGCUGGAAUCGGAUGGUUUUCCUGGGGUACUUGCAAGACAUUGUUUGCAUGUAUAUGGCAAGGAAGUAAAUAGUGGCAUGGAUAUCUGGAAGUUGGAUGAGAAGCGGGUAUGCAUUCAUUUUGCAAGAGAAAUCUUGAGAGGAGGUAAGAGGAAGUUAGAGAGUUUUAUGGAUGAAUGGAGGCAGAAGACUCCUGAAGGAAUGCAACCCACUUUUGAUCUUGUGGAAGGAGAGGUUUUGACAGAGAGAAUUGGAAUUGAGACAUGGGUUCGCGCCUUCAGUGUUUCUUCUUUGCCUUCCACUCCAGCUGAACGUUUCUCCAUUCUUUUUAGGGAGCGGGCAAAAUGGGAAUGGAAAGAUCUUCAGCCCUAUAUCAGGGAUCUGAAUGUACCAGGUCUUUCUUUGGAAGGUUUGCUACUCAAAUACACUCGAAAGACUCAACCAUCGCCUGAUAGAGAACCAGUUUUCAGUGCAAGAUAGUUUGUACUUGUGUAUCUUUCACAGUCAUUCCUGCCUUCCCUUCACUUUGGAUUGAUUAUUAUUAGAGAUAUAAAUAUUUUAUUUUAUUUUUAAUUGAGAUAUUCUAGAUCUUUCUAUUUUCUUUU